UGUUGGACAGUUCUUUGACCUGAAGGCCAUAUCGAAUCUAUUGAAUCCUUUCCUCUUUGCUAAGAUCCUCCAAAUACUUCUGACUGGUGUCUUGAGCCAUUCCAAGUUCGAGUUCAUCGACUGCUGCACAGGUUAUAUCGUGCUUAUUUUGGCUUGGAAGGUUUACAAUUUGCAGGAGGAGGAAUGGAAAUCUUAAGAGUUUUUUGGAACAGUCCUAUUGGUCCCAAGACAACUCAUUUCUGGGGACCUGUUUUCAACUGGAGCAUCCCCAUUGCAGCGCUUUUAGAUACAAAGAAACCCCCGGAAAUGAUAUCUGGCAACAUGACUGCAGUCAUGUGCGGUUAUUCUGCAUUGUUCAUGAGGUUUGCAUGGAUGGUUCAGCCACGCAACCUCCAUCUUCUCGUGUGUCAUGCCUCGAACGAGACUGUGCAGCUGUAUCAGCUCUCUCGUUGGAUUAAGGCUCAAGAGUAUUUCCUGAAGAAAGAGGAAGCUGAGACACAAAGCAGCAAAGCUUAAUACUAUAAGAAUGAACUAAUGAUCCUUUCAGCUUAAUCCUCAAUAAAGUCUACUGUAAAAUAUGCAUCUUUCCUCAUCAAAUAUUUGGCAUGAUGCUUGAUUGCUUACAAUUUGCUUUUACAAA